GCGAAACAUUCCUUUUAGACUUGCAGAGACGAGUUGAAAACCUCCCUAUUUCUUUUUUUUUUUCAGGUUUCGUAAUCCAGUGGCGAUUGCUGCAAAACGAGAAGAGGAAAAUGACAGGUUCUGGAGAAAAGUUAACCAUCGUUCUGUUUGGAAAGAAAGGAGCUCCAAAGUGUUCAAUAGGAAAUCUGAUCCUAGAAGAAAGAGAUGGUUUUGACGAUGAUACGGAACUAUGUGAGCGGAGAGAGAAUCAAUUAUAUGCUGCAAUCAACACCCCAGACAUGUUUGGAGAAGGCAAUAAUUCAGACCAGCAAAUUAUCGACUGUAUGGCACUUUCAUACCCCGGCCUUCAUAUAUCCCUGCUUGUGAUUCAAGAUAGGCAUGAUACACCAGAGGAGGUUAAACAGCAAGUUGUUCACCUACAAGAUACCUUUGGAGAAAAUAUUACAGCAAACAUGAUAGUUAUGUUACCAUGCAGGGAUGAGAUCUUUGCACUGAAACAUUAUAUCAAUCAAAACAUAAAAUAUCCCCUGGAAGUCUUGAACAAUUAUAAUGAUCUGCACAAAAAGUUACGAAUGGACCGUAAGUUCUUCAAGUACACCUACGAAAACUACAGUGAAAGUGUUGUACUAAAAAGAAAGGAAACACUGUCGGAAAAGAGAAAGGCCCAAAAGAUGUCUAUUGACUAUGAUGGUCAUCUUGGAAAAGAGUUCAGAGGAACAAGAUUCAGAGACCAAUCAAAACCACAAGAUGAGAGGUCUAUUGACUAUGAUGGUCAUCUUGGAAAAGAGUUCAGAGGAACAAGAUUCGGGGACCAAUCAAAACCACAAGAUGAGAGGUCUAUUGACUAUGAUGGUCAUCUUGGAAAAGAGUUCAGAGGAACAAGAUUCGGGGACCAAUCAAAACCACAAGAUGAGAGGUCUAUUGACUAUGAUGGUCAUCUUGGAAAAGAGUUCAGAGGAACAAGAUUCGGGGACCAAUCAAAACCACAAGAUGAGAGGUUCAGUGAUCCUGGCAGAUAUCACGAUGGGCCGGCAAGCAGAUCUGGAAACUCAAAGACUGGUAAAAGAAACUAUGAAAGCGAUCCCAGCAACAUUUUGAACAUUGUGCUACUGGGACAGACAGGAACUGGAAAGAGCAGAAGUGGAAACACAAUCCUGAAGAAAAACAUUUUCCCAUCAAGUGCAAGCUCUGUACCAGUUACAAAAGAGUGUCAUGUAGAAAAUAUGAAGAUGGGAGGGACAGAGGUUAGGGUCAUUGAUACCCCAGAUUUCUUUGAUGAUUGUCUUAAACAACCAAGCAAACACAUUGCGGAUUGCUUAACGUGGUGUCAGACAGGGUUGAGUGUGUACUUACUGGUGAUUCAGAUUGGCCGAUUCACAGAUGGUGAACGAGGGAUCUUGAAACAAUUGAAAGGUAUCUUCUCUGACAUGGAACGAUUUAAAGAGAGAACAUGUGUCCUCUUUACUAAUGGAGAGGACCUCAAACAUAUGAGCCUUGACACGUUCAUCAAUCAGGCUGACACUCACCUGAAAGAAAUAGUAAGUUGCUGUGGGAGCAGACAUGUGUUCAAAAACACAAAGACAGACUACCAGCAGGUGAUUGAGCUGAUGGAGAAAAUAUACAAGUUACUGGGCAAUGAUCAAAUGUCUCGUGACUUUGAGGACUGGAAAACAAAACAUACAGAUGACAAGUGUACAGUGAGUUAACUUAGAUCCCAGGGACAAAACUGAAUUAAUGUCACCAAAUGAUUGUUUAAGUCACAUCAUUGUAUAAUCAGAAGAAUCUAAGACCGUGAUGCAAAACAAUUGAUCUAAAAUGUUCUAAAUUGAGAAUGAAUAUACAGGUGUAGGAUCUUAAUUUGACCACCCUUUUGCAGGAGAUCUUUCGUGUAAUGCAGGAACAUUUAAAAUGUGUAAUAUAUUUGAGGUUUUAAAAGUUUGUCAUUUCCACUUUUACAUUUCAGACUUGGUUUUCCCUUACGAAAAAUGUAUCAACCCCUUCAACCAUGUCCAUUAAUUAUAAUCCACAUGAUAAUUUACAUUUCCUAUUGCUGCUGCAUUAUUUUCCUGCUGUGGCAAACAGGCUCAAAUUAAGAUCCUACAUCUGUAUACUGUAUUUCAGCUGAAUGGCAUGAACUGUUUUAUUUCACUUUCCAGUUAUUAAGUAUGAGUGACUGCAUCUGUAGUGUAAUUUAAAAUUUCCUUUUUGUAACUUCUGUCAGUUAUGUAGAUUUAUGGAGACUUAUUUGACCCAAAAUAGUUAGAACAUUUUUGUGACUUGAUUCACUGUUGUUUUAAGAAUCUGUCAGAUCACAAACAAAUUUGUUUUUAAAUUGAGCAACUUUGAGAUUCUGUGCAUAAUGAAAAGUGCCAUAUAAAAUGAAUCAAUUAUUAUUACUAUUAUUAUUAUAAUGUGGCUUAUUUCCUAAUGAUGGGCCACAGGAAUGUAACUGCAUACAUUCAAACAAUAACUUACCUUCUGUGGAGUGAAUCAGAAAAAUAUGUUGUGUUUUCUAAUGACAAUGCCUUUUCUUUUUGACUUACAUUAUGGUGUGUUGUUAGUCACACAGGAGUCAUCUUGAUUUGUUACAUAAGGAAAUUAAAUGUUGGACUUAACUGUAAUUUAAAAAAAAAAAAAAAACGUCAUAAUUUACUGUGGUAAACCUUUGUAAAGUUGAGCAUAAAAAUAAACUAUGGACAUGUAUACAAA